AUGUUACUUGUCUACAUUGACGACAUCAUCAUUACAGGUAACAAUGCAGCAUUAGUUCAGGACUUCAUCUCGGUGCUCGCACGUUGCUUCUCGCUCAAAGACCUCGGACCACUUGAAUAUUUCCUUGGAGUUGAAGUUGUUUCUUGCCUUCAAGGUCUUCUCCUCUCACAACGAAGAUAUAUUACAGACUUGCUGGCUCGAACAAAGAUGAUCGAUGCUCGCACUUUCACAACUCCACUUGCCACCUCAUAUGUCCUUACACUUCACUCGUGUACAACCCUUACUGACCCAACUGAGUUCCGAGCUAUAGUUGGGAGUCUUCAGUAUUUCUCCCUUACUCGUCCGAAUAUUGUCUAUGUAGUCAACAAACUUCCACAAUACAUGCAUCGCCUGACUACAGACCAUUGGAUCGCCACCAAACGACUUCUUAGAUAUCUAUGUGGCACCAUUGAUUACGGCAUCAUGUUACAUCGUCAAUCACCUCUCGCUCUCCAUGUCUACUCAGAUCCUGACUGGGCGGUUAACAAAGACGACUUCACAUCCACCAGUACCUACAUUGUAUAUCUUGACCGAAACCUGAUAUCCUGGAGUUCGAAGAAACAACGAACAGUGGCUCGCUCAUCGACGAAAGCCGAGUACCGAUUGUUCGCUUCGACGGCUGCCGAGUUGAGAUGGAUCACAUCUCUUCUCGGCGAACUUGGGCUCACAUUAUCACAACAGCCGGUAAUCUACUGUGAUAAUGUGGAUGCAAUAAAUCUUUGCUCUAAUCUAGUCUUCCAUUCUCGAAUGAAACAUGUUGCUCUCGACUUUCACUUCAUUCGACAACAAGUCCAAGCAGACAUCUUAAGAGUCACUCAUGUCUUUUCCACAGACCAACGAGCUGAUGCACUCACCUAA